AUGGCCGCUGGCAUCCUGCGGUCUGGAUCCAAGUGGAUGGAUGCGCAGAUCGAAAUGGCAGAGGAGGAGCAUCACGACGUGCACUUCGAGGCCGCCGAUGCCGGUGCCUCCAAGACCUUCCCCCAGCAGGCCGGAACCAUCCGUAAGAACGCAUACAUUGUGAUCCGCGGGCGCCCCUGCAAGGUCGCCGAUGUGUCCACCUCCAAGACCGGCAAGCAUGGUCACGCUAAGUGCGUGUUCGUGGGCAUCGACAUCUUCACCGGCAAGAAGAUGGAGGACCUGACCCCCUCCUCCCACAACUGCGACGUGCCCCACGUCACCCGCACAGACUACACCCUGCUGGAUGUCACCGACGACGGCUUCGUGUCGCUGAUGCAGGAGAACGGCGACCUCAAGGACGACCUGACCCUGCCCAAGGGCACCGACGAGGCUGAGAAGCUGGCGGUUCAGAUCAAGGCCGACUUUGAGGCGGGCAAGGAGCUCAUCGUCUCCGUCCUCUCUGCCAUGGGCGAGGAGGCCAUCUGCGCUGUGAAGACCAGCAACACAAACUAG